AUGGAACACUUGGGCGUUGCAAGCUUCGACUGUGCCGCCGUGAACCCUGACUUCCAUGGCACGUUCGAGGCAACAUGCGCUUUCGGCAACAUCACCGGGGUCACAUCGACCUGUGUCGAGAACCCUUGCACCAGCAGCUCGUACAUCGAGGCUGAGCUGGGUGGAACGACCUCCCAGCAGUACUCCCCGGGGGUCCUGCACGGCGCGACCUGGACGGUGCCAUGCGAGCCCAUUAACUGGGACUACAUUGGCGACAUGCAGAUGAGCUGCUACCGCGGCCACGUGCGCGCCGACAACAGCAGCUGCAUCCUGGUGGAACUUGGAUGCCAGCCAUCAGGCCCUGGGGGCAACCUGACUGUGGGCAAUUACACGGUGGAUCUCCGCCCCGUUGCGGGUGUGUCCAAGGACGAGACGUUCCAAGUCGACUGCGGCUCACAGACGCAGCGGAAGUAUGUCGGGGAGAUCACCGUGACCUGUGGGCGACGUGGAAGCUAUGCCAGCAUGGAUAGCGGCUGUGAGCCACGUUCUUGCGUGGGAGGUGAAGCGCUGCUCGUGCAGUCCCAGUACAUGAACGGAUCCGUUCUGUCUUCCGACAUGGCGCACAUGCAAGCCAUCAACGUCACUUGCGAGAACGUCAGUGAGGUCCUUCGAGGCGAUGUGCAAAUAAUGUGUGACUACGGCGACUUCCAGUUGACGCACUCGUGCUACUCCGUUUGCCUACCAUCUCGUCCAGCACAGGCAACGCUGGGAGGAAAGGUUCACGACGUCAUCGCUCCGGAGGUCUUGGCCACCGGCCGGGGCUAUUUCCUACCAUGCAAUGACUUCGUGGCGAACUACAGCGGAACCGUCAACAUCUCUUGCUUGGCCUCCGACCUGCUCGCGAAUACUUCGGACUGCUUGCCAGAUCCAUGCCAAGAUGAGAUCCGCAGCAUCAGCCACGAAGGCAAGGCAGUCCCGUUGAAGCAUUGCAAUUACAUCGAGCAGGGGUUGCGCACGGGCGCAAGUGUGACGAAGCACGCUUAG